GUAAAAUUGUUUUGUGGAUCUGAUGAAUUAUUGAUGCUCUUCUUUAUUGUAUGUCUGAUCUGGGGUCAGUGACGUGUCAGUCCAGCUGUGCGGCGCGUGGGUUUGCUCUGGAGAGUGAUUGUGUGUUGUCUCCAGUGACGGGUCAUUAUGUGGGAGUAAUUACGGCCGGUGGAGAGAAGGACUCCUGCAGCUGCGACUCUCAUCACAGUCAUGGAGAGCGUCUUCAGAGGUCUGACCGCCGCCGCCUUCCUGCACUCCUGGACUCAGUUCGACCGCCACGAUGAUGGGUUCAUUGACCGGAAGAACCUGGACGAGUUUUUACGGCAGCUGAUGAAGACGCUGAAGACUUGUGAUGCGUCUAAGCAGCAGGUUCAGAAGGUCAGAGAGAUGAUUCUGUCCAGCUGUGACGUCACCGGAGACGGACGCCUGCCGAUGGAGCAGUUGGCGGCUGCGGUUCUUCCCGAGGAGGAGAACUUCCUGCUGCUGUUCCGCAGGGAGGCGCCGCUGGAGAACAGCGUGGAGUUCAUGAGGAUCUGGCGCCGCUAUGACGCCGACAGCAGUGGAUACAUCUCUGCCGCAGAGCUGAAGAGUUUCCUGCGGGAUCUUUUCCAUCAGCACAACAGACAGAUCACUACAGACCGACUGGAGGAGUACACCGAUACCAUGAUGAAGAUGUUUGACAAGAACCAGGACGGUCGUUUGGAUCUGAAUGAUAUGGCGAGGAUCCUGGCGCUGAAGGAGAACUUCCUGCAGAAGUUUGAGAUGCAGGCCUGCAGUCAGGAGGAUCGACAGAGAGACUUUGAGAAGAUCUUUGCUCACUAUGAUGUGAGUAACACCGGCGCUCUGGAGGGAGCAGAGGUCGACGGCUUCGUCAAAGACAUGAUGGAGCUGGUGAAGCCCAGUCUCACCGGGACGGACCUGGACAAGUUCAGACAGGCUCUGCUGGGUCACUGUGACCUCAAUGGAGACGGAAAGAUCCAGAAGAACGAGCUAGCGCUGUGUCUAGGGCUCAAACUCUGAGGAGCCUAAUUACACCACAUGUGUGUGUGUGUGUGACAGUAAUUACUGAUCAGUGUGUGUGUGUGUGUGUCAUUAGUGUCUGUCACUCACACCAGUGUGUGUGUUUGUGUGGUCAGGGCCGUAACCACCAUAGACACUGAGGAACACCCCAAUAAUUAUUACGCUCCGCUCUGUUUGUUGUUAUGAUGACAAACACUUUUAAAAGUUCUAUUUUUAGUCUGUUCUGUCUCAGGCCAAUCAGAUCAAAGAGGGCGGAGCUUUACUGCUCACAGAAGACGAGUGUGAACUCCACCCAGACUGACUGUAAUAUCCAGUGUAUCCAAAUUUCACCAUUUUGAAUUGAAAAUAUGCUAUUAUUUACAUGAUUCAUGUAGGUUUAUUCAUAACUGAACGUGAUUAGAUGAGAAACAUUUUGCAUUUUCAUAUUAGAUAUAUGAAUAAGAGUGAAUGUGUGCAUACUUUAAAAGUUUAAAUUGAUUUCUUCAUAACUACAGUAGAUCUGGAACAUUUACCUCUAUUAUUUUUUUUCACUUCAUUCCCUUAAAUCAAUUUUACUCCUUUAAUUAUGUAAUCCCCCGUGUCAGGUGAUCAUUAAUCAGUGAUUAUUAGUCAUGAAAUCAAGGCAGAUGCUUCUAGUUAAUUUUUAUUCAUAAAUGUAAAUGCAUGGAAAGAUAAACUUGAUUUUAUUUGUAAUAGGUUUAUGCCUAAAUUCCUUUUUAUGUGUAUGAAUCAUUUUAUCUAGUUAUUACUUUGUUCUUAAUGUAUUACACUCAUUUACAGUAAGUUUAGUUCCUGUUAUGUGCAGUGUUGAUAUUUGUAUUGUAUAAAUGCAUAUAUUUAUUGGAUUUACUUAAUCUGAAUUGCCAUUAUAUAAUUAUAUAUGUACAAUAUUUGUGGUGUUCAAUAAUAAUAAUAAUAAUAAUAAUAAAAAGAUAAUAAUCUGAACCACUGAAAGAAAUCAAAUCAUUUCAGUCCAAAAAAUGUGAAUAUCACUGUUAAUAAUAAAAAAAUAUAUAUUA